GCACUUGAAAUGAGAAAGAAAGAAAUAAAAUGAAAAGAAAAUAUAUGAAUAGUAAAAGUUGAAAGAAAAAGUUUGAGAAAAUACUUAACAGUAUGUCACGGUAAGCUGUUAGGUGAGUUGCUCCUUCACUCCUUCGUUGUGCUUCAGCGUGACCUUGACUCAGGAUUUGGCUGCUGCGAUGCGGGUAGCAAACAAUAGAAAUAACUGCUGCCCGAUGAUAGCACAAUAGCGUCUACUGUUGAUACCGGUGCACAGACAGAACUCACUUGCGGGGAUGCUACUUUUUAUCACUUUUAUUUAAUGCCUAUACUACAGCCUCUGCUGUGAUAGGCACCUUCGUCUUACCGAUGUCGAUUGUUAAAAAAACGCGUGUGCUCACUUCGAACAUUCGGUUACGAAUGACACCCACAUCAUGAUAUUAGUUAAUGAAAUAAAAAGCACUAUCUGAAUGUUGCAAACAGGUUGCAGUUAAAUGAUUGACAAAAUCCAUAAAGCUCUUUUCGAGUGCAUCGGAAAUAAGCUUUUAUAGCAUGGUAAUAAACAUGCGCAAAAAAGCUACUGUAAGACUACAUGAUGUGUCUAAACUGACUCAAAUUUGUGGAAUUUACAACAAACGCGUAGCUUGCAUGGUUUUCUAGUUACUGAUCGAAGGCGAUAUUCAUAUUGUCUUUCAAUACUCCAUUUUUUUCAAUAUGUUUGUUUGACAAGGCACAAUACCUAAUCUUGAAGGUGCAAAUAUUUAAGCACCUUAAAUGUGAGAUAAAUUCGAGGACUUUUCAUAAGUCAUCACACGCGUCGCUUCACUCGCUUUACCAACUUUGCGUCGGGUAUCGUCUUGACAACGGACGCCACGCCGCGUUUUCUGUGCAUGUUGCAAAGCAUUGGUAUGACACAAGAUUGGGGUGGAAAGUUCGCUAACAGUUUAUGGCAUUUAGCUGCUACAAGCGUUGCUUGAUAGUUCAUCAGUACUCCAUGCGCAAGGGUCGGUGGUGGUGUGUGAAAAAGUUUGGAAGCGAAAAUGUCCUGAACAGAUUCGUCCGUUUGGAUUUUUCAACUAAUUCAGCAGCAAAAGAACCCAAGAUCUGUUCACGAAUGUGAAGUGCACCUGAGUUUAACCAGUAAACUGUAGGAUUGUUAUCCAGUUCUGUGACUUUGGUACUACAAAAAGUGACGGGGCUUUCAUUACUUCUGACUACAUAGCUGUUGAGCUUCUAGCGAAUAAGCAACUUUUGAUCUAAUCAGGAGAAUUCUCUUUAAUCAUGGGCAAGGAACUACUGAACAAUAGUUCCUUUUAUCAACAACUUAGAGCAACACUGGUACGCAAUUUUAAGCUGAAAAUCAGAGACUCUAGAAAAACGAUUGCAGAAGUAUUUUUGCCACUGUACACGCUCGGAACGUUGAUAGUACUGAAGAUACUGAUUCCCAAUCCUAACUUUCCCGCUAUUACGGAACCACGUGGUGCAGCCUCGCUUUUCGAGCAUUUUCAGCACCACAAAGCUCAUACCAUCGCGGUUUUACCGCAGCCAAAUUCAUCGACUACUCUGCAAUUCCUAAACGAAGUCAAUGAGCUUUGGACAACCAAUCGCCACCAUAUAGCUGGUGUACAUCCGAUAAAAUGGAUCGUCUACGAUACGCAGGACGAUCUGCUAGCCGCUUACUGGCGAGAUCCAGACAAAAUGCCACUGGCAUUAAUCUUUCAUAGUGAAGAUCCGAUGUACGGUCAGCUCAGGUACGAGAUCCGCACCAAUCCGUCGUUUUUUGUCACACCCUCUACAACGGAACUAUAUUCGUCACUGGUGACCUGUCGACAAUCAGACAGUUAUUGGUCGGCUGUAAUACCGAUCGAAACCGGAGACUCCUGUCCGGUCAAUCAGUAUUACUACUCGGGGUUCAUUGCAUUGCAGACGCUGUUGGAUUAUACCAAGAUAAAGAUCGUAACGCAAAACGAUGACAUUCAGAUACCUCACAUAACACUAGAGAUGUUUCCUAAGGAAGCCUACACGGGUAAUUGGAUGGUUGCGUUUAGACUAGUUAUUCCAAUUUAUAUGGUAAUGGCGCUGUCCCAGUUCAUCACAUAUCUCCUAAUACUUAUCGUUGGUGAGAAAGAAAAUCACAUCAAAGAAGGGUUGAAAAUAAUGGGGCUACGUGACUCAGUUUUCUGGUGCGGAUGGUUUAUCAUCUACGCAGUGUUUGUUACAUUCUUGACGUUCGUUUCCGUGAUACUGUUAUUCUCGCUCGGCGUGUUCCAGAACACGAAUUAUCUACCAGUGUUCAUUUUAAUUUUACUGUACAGUUUUUCGGUUAUUUUGAUUGGCUUCAUGAUAACACCAUUUUUCGACAAUUCCAGGACUGCCGGCAUUCUUGGUAACUUCGCUGUCAACAUUAUGUCGCUUUUGUACUUUUUGCAAGUAUUCAUAGACGAUACGCACACUUCGGCUGCCUUAUGGACUGUUUCCUUAAUAUCGCCGACCGGGUUUGCGCUUGCCAUGGACAAAAUACUGGUACUUGAUAUUUCCGGACAAGGUGUAACUCUCGAUAAUCUCUGGACUGGACCAGGAAUACCGAUCGGAGGCUCGAUUCUCAUGUUGGUUGUUGACAUCUUGCUGUACGCUGCCCUCUCGUUCUAUUUUGACAGUGUCAUUCCAUCAGAUCACGGUACCAAACAGAAGCCAUGUUUUUGUUUUAGUCGCCACUACUGGUGUAACAAGAAAGUACCAAAAGUACCCCUGUUAAAUGGUGAGUCAGCAAACUCCUUCGCCAACGUGGACGAUCAGAAGCGAGAUAUAGAGCCGGUUUCACGAGAAAUGCGUGGCAAGGAAGCCAUUCGAAUUGUGGAUCUACACAAGACGUUCCACUCUUGCAGAAAGCCGGCUGUAAAUGCGGUGAAUGGUAUCAAUUUGACCAUUUAUGAAGGCCAAAUUACGGCCAUUUUAGGUCAUAAUGGAGCUGGAAAAAGUACAUUGUUCAAUAUCUUAACCGGCCUUACAUCUCCAACAUCGGGAACGGUGUACAUCUUUGGUUACGACAUUCGUGACCCCAAUGAUAUGACUAUGAUUCGCCGGAUGACCGGCGUUUGUCCGCAACAUGACAUUUUAUUCGAAACAUUAACUCCAAAGGAACACCUGUACUUUUUCGCUGCCGUCCGAGGAAUCAGUUUAAAUUUGAUAGAUAGUGAGGUGAAGAAUACACUGAGAGAUAUAGAUUUAUUCGAUUCGGCAGAAACUAGGGUGAAAUAUUUGAGCGGAGGCCAAAAGCGAAAGCUUUCAGUAGGGAUCGCAAUUAUCGGUGAUCCAAAGAUCAUAAUUUUAGAUGAACCCACUGCCGGUGUUGAUCCAUACUCUAGACGACACAUGUGGUCUAUUCUACAGAACCGUAAACAUGGGAAGGUCAUUCUAUUGACUACUCAUUUUAUGGACGAAGCGGAUAUUCUUGCCGAACGCAAAGCGGUUGUGUCAAGAGGCCGUCUUCGCUGUUGUGGAUCUUCACUGUUUCUGAAGAACAAGUUUGGUGUCGGUUAUCAUUUGACCUUGGUUUUGGAUACAUGUGCUUGUGAAACAUCCAUAACGAAGUUGGUUAAUGAGCAUGUGCCAAAGGCAGAAAAGGCUAGACGACAUGGUCGAGAGUUAAGCUAUAUACUGCCACAUGAUGCAGUUAACUCUUUCGUUUCCCUGUUCGAUGAUAUUGAAAAUGAAAUCAAGUGCAAGAAAAUGAAGUUAGGAAUUUGUUCGUACGGAGUGUCAAUGACUACCUUAGAAGAAGUAUUUCUUCAUUUAGAAACACAGCGUGAAGAGGAACAGAAAGUCGAAACUGAAGAAGAAGAAGACGCUGCCUAUGAAGAUAGUUUAAGUCGAAAGGUAAUGAAGAACAGAGCUUUGCCAAGAAGCUUGUCCCUCCAGGAAAAAAGUAAUAGCUAUCAAUCGUUGAAGAACGAUACAAAAAAUCUACUCGAAGAGCAGAACAUGGCUAACAAAGCAUCGUUACCGGAUAAUGGAUUGGAUUUCGAUACAAUCAUUCCGGUUAAUGGACUAACGUCCGAUGUUGAAAUAGUUAGUAAAAGUGAGCGCAGCUCAGCUGUUGCAUCACCCAUUUCAAAAUCCCAAAGAAGAAAGCAGCACAGCAGAUCACGUAAUGGGGUUAGCAAAAGCACUAAAAGUAUUUACGAAGAUCCGAACCAUACCUCGUCAUCGGUUGUGAAGUUGAACAGUCAAAACAAAACGAACUGGAUGGAUCUUGACGACAUCGAACUAAAACCGUCUUGUUUCAACACUAUUGUUGCUCUACUCAAGCUUAGAAUUACAAUACUCUUUCGUGACAUUCAACGUCUAUAUCUGUUAAUCAUUCUACCGUUAGCAUUCACUGCACUAGGAUUAUACCUGAACUCCAUCCAGGUGAUUUCGCCCGUUAUGCGGUCAAUCUUACUGGAUAACACUACGUACGGAAGCAACAUAACUAGGCUUGCGGUACACGAUAGUACCAAUAGACUGCUUUCACAACACACACAGUAUCAUUAUCACCUGUUGCAGCAAUCUUCACCUUCGCCGCCACUGCUGCUGCACCAGAAGCACCAUCAACAUCAGCACAACGCUCAACAACAGUCCAAAGAAUCGUCAUAUCUUUAUCAUCGUUUCAUUGUCGAACUGAAGCAAUCGUCGAACGUCACGGAAGACUACAGUGGUAACUUUUCGUUACUGCUAGAUAUGGCGCCGCAUAUGGCCGCGUUCAAUGUUAACAGUAUAUCAUGGUCUAACGUGUCAAUAACUACUCUGUAUAAUGAUACUACUCAACACAGUCUCCCAGUAAUAUUAAAUCUAAUAAGUAAUACCUUACUGCGUAUGUUCGUUAAACUGGGUCCGCCAACUGGACAGCAAGCCACCUAUCGUCAUCAACGCGUUCUUAGCAGACAGUACGGUACCAUUGACUAUGGAGAAGAUCUCCCACAAGCGGAAGAAGCGUUGGAUUCAACAUCUUCGAUAACUCCAUCAGUCGCCGCAACUGCUGCUGAUUCGAUUGUAAACAUUGAAAUACAUUCGCAUCCAUUUCAACAAACGGCGCAGCCGCAGGAGUUCAAUAUAGGCACCUUUUCGUCAGCUUUAUUUGUCGGAAUGAUCUUUGUGUUAAUCCCGGUCUCACUGGCCGUUGAUAUGGUGUAUGAUCGUGAGAUGAAAGCGAAGAACCAAUUGCGUGUGAAUGGACUGUCUUCGGCUUUGUAUUUAACAGCUUACUUUAUCGUUCUUUCGGGAUUAAUGCUACUGAUAUGCGCUGCUCUGCUUGGGUUGGUGUUUCUGUUUGAUAUUCCCUCUUUCAGACAGCCACCCGCACUUAUCACAUUAGGUCUCCUGGUGUUCCUGUACUCACCGGCGGGGAUUUUGUGUUCCACGUGCUUUUCCUACUUCUUCGAUCGCACGGACUCGGCACAGUCUAUUCUACCUAAUAUUUUAACUUUUGUAGGACUGAUCCCCUUUAUAUUAGUAGUGUUUUUAGAUAUGCUAGGAAUUGAGGUCAAAGCUGCCAUCGCUCUGCACUAUGUAUUUUCGCUGCUUAACCCGAUGUACAUCCCGUACGCGGCGGUAUAUUUUGUCGAUCGAGUCUACAUUGCAUGCAGACUAAGCUCAGCCUGUGCGGAACUGUCGAUGGCCCACUACAUGACGGAGGAGAUGAUUGUGAUGGCAUGCGGAUGUCUACUGCAUAUUCCCAUCUGGGCGUUCUGUUUGCGAAUAUCGGAUAUCAUGAAGAGCGGAGGUCGGAUGAGAGAUCUAUUUCAAAGAACUCUGAGUGAGGAAGACAUUGUAACGGAGGAACAAUGUAUAGGGGAGUAUGAGGAUGAAGAUGUGCGAAAUGAGAGAUCUAGAAUAUUUCGACUCUCUAAUCAGGAGCAGAUAAGCCAAACACAGCCGGUCGUUUUAGUAAAGAGCCUGCGGAAAGAAUUCUCUCAAGAAUCACUUUGUGGUAGUUCAUCUUGCUGCUGCUGUUCAGACGACGAACUGCCCAGAAAGAAGGUAUCCGUUCGUAGUUUAUCGUUUGCUGUGGAUGCCGGCGAAGUACUCGGUCUAUUGGGUCACAAUGGGGCUGGAAAAACAACUACCAUGAAGAUAAUGACAGGAGAAACGGUGCCAACAACGGGUAUGGUUCGAGUUGCAGGUCACAGUAUUACUAUUAAUCAGGAUGAUGCGUUUAAGACAUUGGGUUAUUGCCCACAGCAUGACGCAUUGUGGAAGAAUAUUACUGUGCGGGAGCACCUAGAGCUGUAUGCUCGAAUUCGAGGUGUGGCUAGGAAGGACUUGAAUCGUCUGGUUACCACUUAUCUUACCGGGCUGCAUAUACACGAACAUGCAAACAAGCAAACGCAGCACUGCUCGGGUGGAACUCGUCGAAAGUUAAGUUAUGCUAUGGCGAUGGUUGGGGCUCCGAAGGUGGUUCUGCUUGAUGAGCCGUCUACAGGUAUGGAUCCUAAAUCGAAGCGAUUCCUAUGGGAUACGAUAUUGGCAAGCUUCCACGGUAAACGUUGCGCAAUGCUGACAACUCACUCGAUGGAGGAAGCGGAUGCUUUAUGCUCCCGUGUCGGUAUUAUGGUGAAGGGCGAACUGAGGUGCCUUGGCUCGACGCAGCAUUUGAAGAAUUUAUAUGGCGCAGGUUAUACGCUUGAAAUAAAGCUAAAGCACGUCGAAAGUGUGUACAACGAUACACCUAUCGAGAGUCAACCUAGCAGUAGCCAGGAACAGUUGCAGUUGGAUCAGAGUGUUGAUCAUAUUGCGGCGAAUCCGGUCAUCAAUAACUGCAUCGACAAUCGCUCGAUGGCAUUACGUAACUUUGUUACAGAUCUCUUUCCUAGUGCCACAUUGGAGGAAAGCUUUGCAGACCGGUUGGUGUACUCAGUGCCACAGCAAGUGGUUAGCUCGCUGGCGGAGUGUUUUUCGCGGCUUGAAAAAGCCAAAACGGAACUAGACAUCGAGGAAUAUUCAUUCAGUCAAACUACGCUCGAACAGGUGUUCCUGAAAUUUGCACACUAUGACGAAGAAAACUCCAAUGUACAGUAGGGGGCCUGCCCCGAGCUUCCGGCGCAAGGCGACUGUACGCUGGGCAUGUGCGCUCUUGCUAGUUUGAGAUACGUUGUUUCUGUAUAAAUAUUAAACUAGUAACUAAUGAUAAGUAAAUUUAACUGACAAAUAUUUAACUAAAAAAAGCAUCUUAUAAAGAAAAUAUAAAAAAGGAAAACACAAAUCAGCUAAAUAAUCGUAAAAUAACUCUAAAUUUCAAAGAUAAUAAAAAGUGAAAUUACAAUAAAACAAACCAACAAAAAGACAUGGAAAAGUGACAAAAGACCCACGGAAGUAAUCAUAAUACGAAACUUAGACUAACUGUGUGGAGAGAAAAGUGAUCCAAACGAAGAUGGCUAAAUCGUAGAAUUUGAUUUACGUCUGUGAUUUAUUACGUUCAGUCAACCAAAAAAAAAAAAUGAUACAAAUCGAAACAUGAGAACGAACGGUUCAAUAAAAUUGCAAGAUAAUGCGAUGCA